AUGUUUCCAUCCAAGGUCCCCCGAGUCUUUGUCCUCGCCAGCACGGUGCUCCUGUUCCUCGUCACAUAUACGACCCUUCAUCUGUAUCAUCGUGUUCCACCCUCAUAUCCAGCCGCGGAUCCUCAAAUUCUUCCGAUUCAAGAUGCGAUAAUCCCAGAGGGGCAGUCAGAUGUCAACCAUGUAGUGGCAGCAGACAUUAUUACUGACAUCUUAACCCCAACUAUCAUUACUCCCGUGCCGAGUCCUACCAGUAAAGAUGAAGAGCCAGCCUGGAAGCUAAAAACUGACAAUGCACUAUCUCAACCGUCAGCUCAGCCUACUAUCCUCAGUGAUGAUACUGCCGCAGGGGAUAAAUCUGGAGAAGAGGAGCAUCAACAACCGCUUCCUGACCCUAAACUCUGUUCUAAAGAGUUGGAGUUUCUGGUACGCUCUAGCAUCGAUCUAGGAUUAACCGAGCGCGUGCACUACGUCCGCCGCUAUAUCAAGCCCAUAUUUUCCGAUACCGCCAACAGAGACGAUAUUGCCAACAUCACAGAGCCUCUCGUUAAAGGCGAGAUAGAGAUCGAUCUGUAUCAAUGCGGAGAUGUCAUAAUUCCUCAGUCUGAGUCAAUCAAAUUAGUUGUCCCGAAGCCUUAUCCGAGGACUAAGCUUUCUCACCUUAUGUUCGGUGUAGCAACAGAUUAUAAACGUCUCAAUGACUCGAUCGUCCCUUUCACUCAUUGGAUUUCUGGCACUGGUGCCAAGCUCGUCGCUGUCGUCACAGAUGCCAAAGACAAAUCGCCUGAAGACAUAAAGCGACUACAACGCAGCUUUGAAAUAGCUGAUAUCGACGUGACUUUGGUGAAGCCUAUUAGUGGGGACUUUUCGACAUCACAGAAUCAUUUCGCUGUCCUAAUCAAUAUGCUCCAACAAGAUAGUCCCGAUACCCAGUGGUAUGGUCUCAUAGACGACGAUACUUUCUUCCCGAAUUUGAAACCUCUCUCGGACAGUCUCGCCAUGUUGGAUCACAAGACCGAUGCUUACGUCGGCGCUCUCUCAGAAGACUUCCAGUCUGUCCGGAGCUUUGGUUUCAUGGCAUUCGGCGGCGCUGGUGCGUUCCUAUCAGCUCCGCUAGCCAAAAAGCUUAGUGACCAAGCUCUCCAAUGUAUCCACGACGCAACUACCAAAGAGGGAGAUACCAUCCUUCGGGACUGUGUAUACUCUAACUCCAAAGCCAAGCUCACUAUUCUCCCAGGUCUGUACCAGCAGGAUUUAAGGGACGAUGCUAGCGGAUUUUUCGAAGCUGGAUUAAAGCCUUUAAAUCUUCAUCAUUGGAAAAGUUGGUACAAGGCACCUGUCGAGAAGAUGGCAAAAGCUGCCAAGCUUUGUGGAGAUUGUUUCUUGCAGCGCUGGCGGUUCGGUAAUGAUACGGUGUUCUCAAAUGGAUUUUCUAUUGUGAAAUACCCAGACGGUGUGGAGUCGGUCAACCUACAAUUGAUGGAGGGUACGUGGGGUAAAGCUGACAGCAAAGACUUCGACUUUAGCCUUGGUCCGCUCAGACAACCCUACCCCGCGGAUCAGAAGAAGAGUUAUAAGCUGAGAGGAGCCGAGUUUACGGAGAGUGGGGAUCUAAGGCAGUUGUACGUACGGACUGCGGAUACUUCUAAGGAUGAGGAUGAACUCGAUCAGGUGAUCGAACUGAUAUGGCAAAGGCAUUAA